CUUAUUACCGGAGAGUUGUAGGAGGCACGCCAGCCUACUAGUAAAAAGUGAAAUUUGCCUCUCACUUUAUGUCUUCAGGUUUGACCGUUAGUCACUAAAGAAGAGGACAAACAACCGAGAGGAACAAGGACUAACGUCGGGAGCUGGGAAGCAACAGAUGGAAAUCAGAAAGGUCAGGGACUUGGACUCAAAGUUUGGGAGCUGCUGAAAGAACCACUUCAAGAGGCUUUGAGUAAACAGAAAAAGGCAGGAAAAUGACCUAAUUAGCCAAAAGAAUAACAGAAAACCUGAUACAAAUGUGUUUGUGGUAAUUUUUUUCCUGCUCAACUAAAGAGGAAGACACAUGCGUCAACACACAUACAAGUACCACACACUUCCAAACUCUGCCCCUCCCUUCCUGCCAUCCGUCCCAGUCCUCCAUGGAUUCCUACAACUUCCACUUUGAGAGAAUGAGCAACGUGGACCUGCAUCCUCUGAGCCUUUCUGUCAGCCGGCUCUCCCCAGCUAAGUCCAACAGCAGCAUUGCCGACCAACUUGCCCAUCACCAACACGGCAAAGGAGACUCUGCUUAUAGCUCCUUCUCCGGUGGGUCUAAUGCCCCAGACUACCCCUCUCCCUUUCUCCCAGAAGACCUACAGUCCAGCCACUUCAGCCAUUAUGCUGAUCUGAAGUAUGUGAAGUCCUUCUACCAUCCGACCCAGGUUCUGCAAUCUGACUCAAAGACCAUGGACCAGCUGUAUUGUUCUGUUGAAGCCAUUUCACAGCAGUAUCGCAACAGUACCAACAACAAUGUAAACAUACACAACAGCAAUAAUAGUUUCCAUACCAACAACAAAGCACUGUCAAAGCAAGAUGUACAUCUUGUCCGUCCUCCUCCAAUCCCAGCACGCAUGGACAGUUACAUUGCCACAAAAAACUUAGAAAACAGCAGGAUUCCUCAGCAAGACACUGAGUUUCGAAGCCAGCAGCCACAAGCUAAACAACAGCCUAGACCCAACAAUCGACUACAUCAACAUCCCCAUGGUCUGACCACCCCAAGACUUGAGACAGCUAACCCAGAUACAGGGAACUCGAGCUCAGACCCUGUGUUCUCAGUUUGGAGGGGCUCUCAGCAGCAGCAAACACAGGCCCAGCAGCUACCAGUCUACCGUCCCCACCUCCAGCCUCAUGAUCAGACCAGGGUGAACCAGCAGUUUAACCCAGAAUACCUUUUCAUCACAGACAACAAAUCCACCUCUGAGCAGCAGAAGUCAGCAAACAUUUUAAGCCGAUCACCUCCCCGUGCCACGAACCAGCCUGACCACCUGAAGCCCACACAGCCCUCAAGCAAUGCUGGAAGUAAUGUAAACCAUCAAAACAAGCCCAGUGGUAGCAGCAGCCGCUUUGAGAACCAGCGUAAAAGAGCACACUCAGCUGACGACUGGGUUAGUUCAGAGCCAAUCCGAGCUGCAAGCCCUUGGAAUUCCAGCCAGAGUUUCAUCAACAGCAGCAUUCAGCAUAAGGGUCAGUUCUACUUUGUCACAGGAGUUUGUAAGCCGUCUGAAUCCAGUAUGAGGACACACUCUGCAUCAGUGUGUGGGUCUGAGGCUGGGAGUGAGAGCUCUACUGUAUUAGAGACACACAGCCUAAGAGAAAAAGAAAGAUGCCACAGCACAAUGGACAGUUUGUUCAGACCUCUCCAAGAGAGCUCUCGUUCUUCUAGUGGCAUGAUGAUUUCAGAUGACAAAGAGGCUUAUCAUUCUGUGCCCAGGACCCAGGAUCAGGAGAACCGUAGGUUAUCUCUUGCCUCAAUGCAGUCAUCUCAAAGCUUUGAUGCCUUGGAAGAUAUUGAUAUGAUGCAUAGUCGAGACAUUGGCCGCCACACUGCCAACAACCCCAUAUUCUACUGUGGACCUGAAAGAAACGGUCUGCCAAAUUUAGUGAUUAAAUCAAAGGAGGUCCCCACACUGAUAAGCAAUGAACAAGUCAACCAUGCAAAGAAAGAGGACAAGGCAAAGAGAGGGAAACGACAGCCUUUGGCAGAUGUAGCCAGUGAGAGGAUAAACAAAGAAACAACCCCUCUUCUGUACCAUCUCACUGGAGCCAGUAGGGCAGCAUUACAGCCUAAAAAUACAGCUGAUUUCAGUACAAGAGGCAAAGAGACUAUCCAAAACAAAAUAGGACACAAAGAUAUGGCAGUUAACAAUAAAGAGAGAGCUCAAAAAAUUGAUACAAGCAAGGCUGAUAAAGGGGAUGUUGUCUCUAGUGCUUGUAACACCCUGGACGACUCAUUUAAAAAGUACUACAAAGAAAAGCUAAAGGACGCCCAGUCUAAAGUCCUAAGGGAGACUUCAUUUAAAAGGAGGGACCUGCAGCUGUCAUGGCCUCACCGUUUGAGGCAAAAACCUGAGUUGAGGCCUACUGUGAUCCACGCUUUCUCCCCCUCACAGGACUCUGAGACAUCUACAGAAACGAUCACUCCCUCGUUGACUUCUGAAGAAACAGAGAAGGGCAGUAUAAAAGAUGAAAUCAGUGAGAGCCACAGGGAGGUGGAUAAAGAGAUUGAAAAGGAAAAUGGAAAAUCCCCUAAUGUUGCACAGCCUCAGGUAGCACGUAUCGGAGGCAGAAGGCGGUUGACUCCUGAGCAGAAGAAGAUGUGCUACUCUGAACCAGAGAAACUCAACCAGCUUGGUGGCGCCCCAGUCCACUCCGCUUGUCGUUCCUUUGGCAACGAAAAUGACAACUUUUUCGCAGCUGAAUGCGAAGAAGAGGACCGUGUGCUUCAGGGAGAGCAGGGACUGGUCGCAACUCGUAGGAAGAUUUUUGAGAUGAGAGGUCGGGCCCUUUCAGCCUCCAGUGCUUCAAAGACAAACCUAAAACAUCUGCAACACAAAGCCCUGGUGGAGUACAUGGAGCGUAAGACAGGUCAGAAAGUGGCAGAACCACAGCAGCCAGUGCCUCAGGUACCAACUCCAUCAAGACAGAGGCAUUCUCUUGGGGAGAAACCAUUUGACUGGGGUCCCAGGCCUCUAUCAGGAAACCAGGAAGGCAAAAACACUAAGAAGAAACUCCACAGACCCCACUCUGCAGGACGAAUCCUGGACUCCUCCACCAGCUCAAUCAGGUAUGCCCAGUUCUUCUCAGCUCAGUCCUGCUCAGGCCAGUAUGCUGGCCAUUCCAAUCAGCCCAGAUGGAGAGAGAGUCAUGGUCCAUCUCAGGGGAAAUCUGCUUCAGUGGAGAGUCUCUUAGACCAGUCUGACGUGCCCAGUUUUAUCAGGAAUAGAUCCAGAUCUACACCACAUGCAUUUCAGGUAAUCGAGAAGGAUCCAUUACCUGUUAAUACUAUGGAAACCUGGAGUUCCCAGAUGAACAAUACAGCGGAUUCCUUGACAGAGGCAAUCACAGAGGUCCAGCAGCGUGCUCGUGUAGUUGCACAGAGGGGGAAGUCCAUGGAAGAGCUCGGGUCAUCAAAGUUAACAAGACUAUCAGCCUUGAGUAAAAGCUCUGAGCAGCUGGAUCAGAUCUCCAGGCAUUCAUCUGGACCAGGACUGGACAGAGACAAAAGGAGUGUCUCAUUCUUUGCUGAAGUCAGAGAAGCUCAGGGACAGGACAGAGGGAGGAGGAAGGAACAUGUACCAGAGCCAGCUGGAGCGAAAGUCGGUCUGAUGCAAACUCAGGGACAGACACAAAACCAAACCCAGAAAAAGUCUCUGUUGAAGCAGAACUCAGAACCAGAGCAGGACACCUUGGCAGGAACAAGGAACUCAAGUAGAUCCACCUCCCCCGCUUCUCGUUCCUCUUCCCGGGCCAGGGUUCGCUCAGGUUCUCCUGGUUCUCACGGCCCUGUCGAAACCAGCAGGUCACCCAGUGAGACUUCAUCUAACCCACCUUCCCCCAGAGGUCCAGAUACUAGUGAGGGAGAGAUCAAAUCCACAUCAUCCACCCCCACACAGACAAAGCUACCUUUUGAGAGCAGGCCAAGCUCCAGAGUUGGGACUUCUCCUCCUCCUCUGGCUGGAACAGAGAGAGAGCAGUCAGUGGACGAACCGAGUGGUGAAGCGCCACCAGCCGAGUCAAACCAUGAAGUGUCUCUGAGCUGUGGCGUCACCACAGAUCCAUCGCUGUGGAUCGUCCCCCCAGAAGAAGAGCUCAAAGAGGAAGUCCAGAACUUGCGGCUGACAGACGACGUUUUUGAUGAGGACUCCACCAGCUCAGCCACUCAAACUCAGACAAAUAAAAUCUCUGUGUCUCCGUGCACCUCUGUCUCUGACACAGACAUCAUUCAGCAGGUGGAAGAGGAGGAAUAUCCAGAAACAGAAGAUGAGAAGUUGAAAGAGAACCAGGAGCUGGAAGAGAGGGGGACACCCGAGGGAGAGACGGAGAGCCAAGAGAGGCCUACUGAGCAACCUAAGUGGGAAGAGCUCGUAGAAGCAGUGGUGAAAGCUGACCAAUCGCUGGUCGGAGUGCUCUACCCGCUGACAAAUCGUAAGACAGCCCUAAUGCUGAUGGAGCAGCUGCUAUCAGAGGAUACUCUGCUAAUGGAGGAGCACUACAAGAAGAAACAGGAGCAAAGAGGAGCUUCUGAAAGUGCUGGGACAGUUGAGGAGGCUGUGCCACCUGCUUGUCCAUCUGCUCCAGACAGCCUCAUCCCUCAGUGUUCAGACCUGCAGAGCAAAGCUGACAUCACUGAGAAGAAGCGUCUGUUAGUGUCUCAUAUCGAGACACGACUACGAUCGCUGAAGGAGACGCGUGACAUCCUCCAGACAGAAAUUAAGGAGAACGUGGCCCAUGGUGAGACCCUGGAGGUACUCGUCCGUGACCGUUGUCUGCCUGUAGAGCUGGAAAGGUACAAGCUGUUCAUCGGAGACCUGGAGAGGGUGGUCAACCUGCUGCUAUGCCUCUCUGCCCGACUGGCCAGGGUACAGAACGCCCUGAGCACCGUGGACCAACACACAGAUGCUGAGGAGAAGCAAUCCCUGGACAGUCGCCACCGCCUGCUGUGCAAGCAGAGAGAGGACGCCAAAGACCUGAAAGAUAACCUGGACCGGAGAGAGAACCUGGUCUCCACUUUUCUGUCCCGCCAGUUGUCGGCCGAGCAGCUGCAGGAUUACCGGCGCUUUGUGCAGACCAAGGCAUCGCUGCUCAUCAGGCAGAAGGACCUGGAGGAGAAACAGAGGCUGGGAGAGGAACAGCUGGAGGCACUUACUAACAGCCUGAAUGUGUGAGAGGACAGGAGUAACAGAAGCACUGAUUUCUUCUUCUUCUUUUUUUUUUUUUUUCUUGACUUGCCCUGAUGGAGGGGUGAAUCAUUCAAAAGGACAUUCAGAGGCCUUUAGGUGUGCUUUUUAGACACUAUAAAACACAAUGUGUGGAUCCAGUCAGCCUGUUAUUUUUGCACCUAGUCUUUGUGCUUAAAGGAGUUUGACUGCUGUCUGCAUUCCUUUCAUAACUAAAGGCCGAACAAGAGCUGAGCAUUUAAGACUGUAAAGACUGAAGCUCCUUGCUUUCUCUGCUCAUCUAAUCACCACACAUUGUCAUUCGCACAAUCUGCAGAGCUUUUCCUAAUAUUUUGGACUUGUUUCCGUUGACUUUAAGCAGAGGAAUGAACGGAUUUUUGCGUGCCUUCAUAUUUGCAGAACAUUUUCCAUUAGAGCUGCUGGUUGGAAACUUUGCGUCCUUCUUUAGUUUUCCAGCUACUGCCCUUCACUUUCCGUAAAGAUGAUAGUUGCUCAAAGCCCUGCAUCUGCACCUGAGGAAACCUUCUAUAAGCUUUAAGAUUAUACUUUGACCAGGAAGAAGACUUCAGUAAAACGAGAGUAGCCUGAAAGGGGUUGCUGUACUGUAUCAUGUCAGUAAAAAAAAUGUACGAUAGAUGUAGUUGAUUUAAUCUUUUUUCAUAAUGUUCUUUUAUAAAAAAUGUUUCAAAUUAAGGCACUAAAAACCAAAAAGGGUGAAUGAAGAAAAGCACUUUGUUAUGAUACGUGAAUGCACAUUUAUUCAAAACCACAAUUGUUUCAAUCUCAAGUGAAAGAAAGCCUUACUCCAUCCGUUUAAACAAUAUUUCUCUCUUCACUUUGAAUAGGAAUGUUGAAAUAAUGUUCUGAAAAAGGUACACGAGCACACCCCAGCAACAUUAAGGAAUGUGUAAGAAUUCUUUUCCAGCUUAUUUCAUGCUUAAUGUUAUUAAGUCUUGAUGAUUUCAUGCUGGAACGGUUCCUCAUACUGAGGCAGUAAACCUCUUUAAAGCAGAUUAUAAGUAAGCAACAAUUAUUUCUCCCAAUGUCCCUUUGUCGCAGAAGUGACACGUGAUACUUGAAAUGCUUUUUUUGUAUGGGUAAGUCCACAAUCUUCACUUCAGGUGUCUUAAACUAACUUUCUCUUCUCUACCUCCACUGUUUAGCCCCUUUUUAGACACACAUAACCUUUAGAUUUAUUUAAAUUUACACAGUUGUCUCUAGUCAAAAAGUUCUUAUUGAAAACACUUUGAAUAAAGUUAUUUUCCCUUAUUUUUAAAAGAAAACAUCACUGCGUCUAUGAAAUUAGCUUCUAUUGCUGUAUUAAUUUCUAUUGACUGAAUUUUUUAACCUUAAAAGAGUUGUUUUAGAGUCAUGUGAGCUGCUGCUCUACAUGUGCAGUUUGUGUGUGUGUGUCUUUGCUUGGAAUCAUGAAUGUCUUAACUAUGUGUGCGUAGAGAUUAGUCGUUGAACAGAGACAGAACUCCUCUUGGUGUUUGCUGUGUACUUUUUAAACAAAGCUCCUGUUACGUCUUAAUGUGAUCAAAAUGUUAUCAUCCCUCAGGAAGCUAAACCGGUUUGCUGUACUGAGAGUAACACACCAAGUGUUUGGGUUGCUCUAAUGAUUUUUAAUGCCACAAAGCAUCAUUAGCAGUUAUUACGCACUCAUAAAUAACUUAAUCAGUGACCUAAGAUGUCAGAAAAAGAGGACAAAUAACUUUUUCCAGACACUGGAAUCCCUUCCAUGCCUUCACCCCCAAAGCAUUUCUCUGAAGAUUUACGUCCGGCCUGUUUCAGUUUGCUAAACAAAUGUAUGUUUGUUUUGGCCUUUGUGCUGACGCAGAGCUGAAGGGUUAGAAAAACUCAUGUUGUUUCCUGCAGCCUGCUGGAAUUCCUGAAGCAUGCAUAAGACCAAUAUUUUGAAGUAGGGAAGCAAAGAGUGGGGAGAAAGUGAGGGAAAAGCUCACACAAAGGAGCAGCACAUGGAGAAAUAAUCCUUUUAGUUCUUGCUGUGUGUGCAUACUAACAAAUAUUUGACAAAUUCCUGAGUCAUUUCUUGUUUCUGUCUUUCAAUCAAAGCAGAUUUUGUUAAGGUCGCAGGAAAAGGGUGGCUGUUUUUCAGGCGAGGGGUUUGUUUCAAGUACUGGUGGCGUGCGACAUUAAUACGUGCAGAACUUUUUUUAAAACGAGGAUGAAAAGAUGUCUUAAGAUCCCAGUUGGUGGUAUGACAGCAGAGACAUUUCUGAAGCCACAUUUUCUGCUAUAUUUCCUUUCAGUUUUGAGAGUUUGAGUUGUUUUUGUGCCUGUUUGGAAUUGUAAAUUCCAUGAUGUUUGUAAUAUUGUGAAUAAAUUAAG